AUGGCGUACAGGCAAACCACCACCAAGACGACCUUUGAGGUCAACAAUGUCAUCCAGCCUAUCUUCACAGGAGGUUCCGUCGCCCUCGACAAUGGCGCUAGGAUCCUCGCGACCACCCUCGGCGAGCAGGCCGUCCUCACAGAGCUCAACACCGGCAAGCAGCUCGCCGAGAUCGAGGGCGAUGGAGAGCCCAUCUCGACCCUCACAAUCACCCCUUCGGCCUCCCACCUGAUCAUCUGCUCUCGCUCUCUUACUAUGCGCAUAUACUCCCUGAAGGUUUCACCAGAUUACGAUUCCAUCGAAGCCACCCUUGUACGCACCACCAAGCCCCACGCCACCCCCGUCGUUGUCCUCGCCGUCGACCGAACCAGCACCCUCCUCGCCACUGGUGCUGCCGACGGCGCCAUCAAGAUCUGGGAUAUUGUCGGAGGAUACGUUACCCAUACCGUCAGCGGCCCGAGUGUCCUUAUUUCUGCCCUUCACUUCUUCGAGAUCGCCGCUCUCGAGGACCAAUCCAGCAACAAGAACAAGAAGAACAGGAGAAAGAGCACAGCGGAUGAGGACCAAACUCAGGAUGACAGCAUCGCUUCCAAGUUCCGCCUUGCCUACGGCACACAGGACGGCAAGAUUCGGGUAUUCGAUCUCAGCAAACGCAAGACCUACCCCGUUUACGCCGACCCGAAUUCGAGGAGAGAAGCGCACGAGUCCAACGUACAGAGCCUUGACUAUUCGCCAGAACUACAUGCCCUUCUCAGCGGCAGCAGAGACAAGACGAUGACAGUAUGGCUAUGGAAGGAGGGGGCUUGGAGGGGAACACCCAUGUUGCGCCACGAAGGCGUCGAAGCUGUUGGCUUCCUUAACAACGGAAGCUUGAUGUAUUCGGCCGGCACGAGUGGCCUUCUCAGGCUAUGGGACACAACCACACACCAAGAGAUUACAGCAAAGCAAGACGCCAAGUCGGAAGCCGAGUCGAUAGUAUCAGCCUUUGCUCUGCCCCACAAGAACCUCGUUGUUUGCGCCCAGUCCGACUUUACUAUCGCCCUCUACCGCACACCUUCGGCCGCCGAUGCCGCGAAGAAGUCGACGAAGCCCCUGGACCCCUUCAGGCGCAUCUCGGGAACGCACGACGAAAUUCUCGACCUCGUUUACCUCUUGCCCGAUCAGUCUCUCAUGGCUCUUGCGACCAACUCCGAAGAUAUCAGACUUGUCUCUGUGGCGGAUAAGCAGCCGCAGCUGGGCGAGGAGGAGGAGGGUGCGGCAUACUUUGGUCAUGACGUAGCUCUGCUGAAGGGACAUGAGGAUAUUGUCAUGUCUCUCGACGUUGACUGGUCUGGUCACUGGGUUGCCAGUGGUGCCAAGGAUAACACAGCUCGUCUCUGGAGGGUCGACCCAGCCAACAACUCCUUUGAGUGCUAUGCAGUCUUCACCGGUCACAUCGAAUCCGUCGGCGCUGUCGCACUCCCCAAGACCGUACCCCCCGAGAACUCGGAUGCGUUCAAGAACCCUCUCGACCACCCACCCGCGUUCCUCAUCUCCGGUUCCCAGGAUCGGUUCGUUCAGAAGCGCGACAUUCCCCGAACAUCACAAAAGGGAGCUGUCUCAACCAGUCUCCGUCGCUUAGCCCACGAGAAGGAUAUCAACGCUCUCGACAUCAGCCCCGAUGGAAAGCGCUUUGCCUCGGCAUCACAAGACAAGGCGGUCAAAAUCUGGGAUUCCGCGACACUGGAAGUCGUGGGUAUCCUCAAGGGUCACCGCAGGGGUGUCUGGACUGUCCGGUUCGCGCCUCUGGGCAUGCCCGCCAUCCAAGGCGAGACUGGCACCGCCGUCUCCGGCAAGGGUGUGAUCUUGACCGGUUCCGGUGACAAGACCAUCAAGCUUUGGAAUCUCUCCGACUACACCUGCCUGCGCACCUUCGAGGGCCACUCUCACAACGUCCUCAAGGUUGUCUGGCUACGCCUUCCCAAGGCCGCCGACGGCGAAGACGAGGCUGCUGCUGCCGCCUCCAAGGCCAAGCAGCGCAUUCAGUUCGCGUCUGCGGGUGCCGACUCCCUCGUCAAGGUCUGGGACGCCAACCUGGGCGAGACCGAGUGCACGCUCGACAACCACGAGGAUCGUCUCUGGACGCUCACUGCGCACCCCAAGACCAACAUGCUUGUGUCUGGUGGUUCCGACUCCCGUGUAACCUUCUGGAAGGAUACCACGGCCGAGACCCACGCUGCCGCCUCCUCCGCCGCCCUCAAGCUCGUCGAGCAGGAGCAGCAGCUCGAGAACUACAUCCACGCCGGCGCCUACCGUGACGCCAUCAUCCUGGCCCUGCAGCUCAACCACCCCGGUCGUCUGCUGGGUAUCUUCACCAAUGUGGUGACCACCAACGCCCCCGAAGAGGGCUCUCUCUCCGGUAUCAAGGCCGUUGAUCAGGUGCUUGGUAAUCUCUCGGACGAGCAGAUCUUCCUUCUCCUCCUGAGGUUGCGCGACUGGAACACCAACGCGCGCACGGCUCCUGUGGCGCAGCGCAUCCUCUGGGCGCUCGUCCGACUAUACCCUGCCGGCAAGUUCUCCAACCUAUCGGUCAAGGGCGCGAGGGGUCAGAAGAGUUUGAAGGAGGUUCUCAAUGCGUUGAGGGUGUAUACCGAGAGGCACUAUAAGCGCACGGAAGAGCUGGUCGAUGAGAGUUACCUUGUCGAGUACACUCUGCAGGAGAUGGAGAGCUUGGCGCCCUCGGCGGUCGAAGAGAAGGAUGGUGAUUUGGCCAUGGCUGAUGCGUAG